CCACCAUCUGACAGCACCGUUUAAUCCGAUUUCGCACACGGGAGAAACUGUGGCGAAAAAGGAGAGAUUGAACAACCACGUGGACAGAAUCCAUGUAUAUAUCUCUCUGUCUUCUGAACUGGUCCUCACAUGGCACAUUAGAAAAGUGAACCAUAUAUAUAAAACCCUAGUUUCUAUCUCUUUUCAUACAAACUCCGAUCACCGGAAAAAUUCCCGGUGACGGAAAAAACAUUUUCAAUAUAAAAACCUAGCAAACUCACAGGCAUGGAUUCCCCGAAGACCACCGAGAAGAAGACAAAGGCUCAUCGCAACGUCUGGUUGCGUCGCUCUGUUGCCCUUCUCUUCUCUCUCAUCGCCCUCUUGGUCAUAUCAUUUUUGAUAGGGGUUUUCGCUGCUUUGGUCGGUAAUUCAUCAAUUUCCGAUCCGAUCUCUGUUCCCUCCCAGUGCAAGAUAGUCUCCAGCAGUGUGGAUCUUAGGUCAUCUAAGGUCUGUGAGCUUGGGCUGUUAAAUUAUAAAGCAAAGCAUGUCUUCUACCCCUUUGAAAGAAAGAAAUUUCGAUGUCGUUAUGAUUACUAUUGGGCUUCUAUAUUCAAGGUUGAAUACAAUGAUCAUUUGGGCCAGACACAGCUUGCACUUGCAGAGGCUCCAAAUGAGGCCCUUCCCCUUGAUUGCAGGCCUAAUUUUGGUGUUGCAUGGUUGACCAAAAAUAAGUUCAAGGUGAAUGAAACUUACGACUGCUGGUACACAUUUGGUCUGUCAAAAGUAAACAUUUAUCACGACAAUUUCUUUAAUUGCCAAGCUAAAGAUCCAUCUGCCAUUGAGAUGCUCAGACGAUAUUUCAUCCUGUCCUUGAGGAUAUUAGAAUCCUGGUAUACCAACCGAGGUAGAGCCUGGUACUGGAAGUGGGAAGCAAUGGCCGGUCUUAUAACUGGUUUUUCGACUUCCUUGAUCUCCAUUACCAUGUUUAGAAUUCUCCAACAAGUGAAGUCUUGUUUGCCUCAAAUCUGUAAGCGGGCUUGUUUGUUUAUAGCAUACUUCUCAGUUGUGGGUUGGUUGUCCAUCCAAUAUGGGAGAAAGCUCGGCCUCCCAGACAUUUUCAGAGUAAUCUAAUACAAGACAGCACUCAUUUCGGCAACUUUUUUUUACAAAUGAGAAAUAAAUGUAACUUUAUUUUGUGCAGAGUGUUCCCGAGUAGCUGUGGCCUGUUGUAGUUUAUCAUACAUGUAAUAUAUCUGGCCAAGUAAGUAGGAAAACUGUUUGUGUAAAGGUAACUUGUGAAAUAGAAUUGUUGCAGUUUGGCGAAUGUUGGGCUUGAGAUGCAUUGUCAGCACUUUAGCUGGCGUAUGUGUGAAAAUAGAAUAAUGUCGAAGAUCUUGUUUUUGGCUCA